AUGUGUGUUAUUUCAAAAGCAAGCGGUGGUGCUUUUAUGUUUGGAAUUCUACUUGGAUGGUCAGCACCAGCUGCAUCUCAAAUCAUUGAAAGACAUGAAGAUGACUUUUAUUUCUGGAUAACUAACAGUCAGUUCACUUGGAUUGUUGCGAUGAUGCCUCUUGGAGCUGUUUUUAGUUGCGUUUUAUCCGGUAUCAUUCGAAAUAUUAUUGGAACGAGAUUUACAUUUUUGCUGUUUGGGAUUCCUAUUCUAAUUGGAUUGACAUUGCUCACGAUUCCGUUAAACCCCGGAAUGUUGAUUGCAGGAAGGUUUCUUUGCGGGAUUUCUAUUGGUUGUUACAGCUACAUUGUCCCUAUCUACGUGGGUGAAAUUGCAUCAAAUAAAAUUCGUGGAAGACUUCUCAGUCUCUUCCAAGUUUGCCUAAAUUUUGGAAUUCUUUUUAUUUACAUUCUCGGACAUUUCACAACAUAUCGAGUAUUCAAUAUUGUAUGUGGAAUUCUUUCAAUUUUUUAUUCCUUUGGUUGCUUGGUUCUUCCUGAGUCACCGCCUUUUCUGAUUAGGAAACAACGCGAACUUGAUGCAGAUUACUCGUUGAAAAUAUUGCGAGGAAAAUCUUUUAAUACUUACGAAGAAAUUCAAAUGCUAAAGAGGCAACAUCAAGAAUUUUUAAACCAAAAAAAGACAAUUACUGAAAUAUUUAAAACUAAAACAACAUUGAAAGCUUUUUUCAUAAUUAUGCUUCAAUUCACAUUUCUUCAAAUGACCGGCAUCAAUGCAGUUCUUUUUUUCUCCACAAUAAUAUUUAAUGAAGCAAAAAUUAAUUUAGAGCCAGGAAUUGCAAGUAUUAUUGUGGCGAGUGUUCUAGUUUGUGCAACAUUUUUGUCAGUAACUUUUGUCGAUCGCUUCGGUCGCAAAUUUCUUUUGAUAUCAUCAAAUAUUUUAAUGUUUUUUGGACUUUGUGGUAUCGGCACAUAUUUCACUUUAAAAGACGAAGGAAAUAAUAUUGACGCUUUGACGUGGUUGCCUGGUUUUCAAGUGGAAUGGGCCCAAUAA